GGCCAACUACGAUUUCGCGAUCCCCACGGGGUGAUCUACUUUCAUCAUUUUGCAUUUCUAGACACGGCAGCACGGACAUACUGCGCAGAGAUUUCUUAUAGCAGAAUAGGGGCACAAUUAGCUAUUAUAAAAUGUUGCGGCAUAGCCAAUACUAUGUCCUAUACCGUAAUAACAACCCGAGCUGCCAAUUCCUCGCCAAGGAGCCGUCUAAGCUCAGUUCAAGUUGUUCGACGAUCAAGUCGCCCUACCGGCGCCAUUCCCUCAGAGACGGAUCCGAUUCUAUCGUAUAAGCACCACAGUUAAGUGAAAGGAGCACGUAUAAAAAACGCAGACAAGCUACGUUCAAGGGUCUUUCCUUUUCAAAAGCAAAUACAGCUAGUUGAUGAUAACGACUAUAGUUAUUCCAUGCCAAACGAAAAGCUAUGAUAGGCUUCUUAACGUCAGGGGCCUUGUUGUGGUUUGAUUAUUUACCCGGUUCAUGCUGCUUCAUCGUCUGGAGAUCCCCCACCGUCUUAAAAGAAAGGCUAUGGUCGGGGUACAGGGACAAAAUCAAAUCCAUGACCAUGACUUAUACAAUUUACAACCAUGUACACAGUGCUCAUUUUAAGUCGCCCAGCCAGGAACCCGACGACUAGGUUAACCUCUUUCUGUCUUUAUCCGCUAGGAAAGACUCCUAUUUUAUACGCACCACAACAUCUAGAAAAUAUUUCUCAACAUAUUUUCCCAUGAACCCCUCGUCUAGCGCCAAGAACCCUUGUUGCCUUAGUAGUGAAAUAAAUCCUAGCGUCG